AAAACCCUUCUUCACGGGCCUAUAUAAAUCCAAUCCACACAUACACAGCCUGUAUCUCUUCUCUUUUCUGUUAAACUUCAAACGAUAAAAGAAAAAUGGCUUCUUUUUCUUCUAAAUACGCUUUGAAACUAUUUCUUCUAAUUUCUAUUUUUCAAAUCUGUUUUGCUGUGAGGAAGCUCAAUGAGCUAGUACAAGAUCCGCCACAGCUCUUGAGUUAUCACAAUGGUCCUCUUCUUUCUGGAAAAAUCUCAAUCAAUCUAAUCUGGUAUGGCAAUUUCAAGCCAUCUCAAAGAGCUAUAAUCUCUGAUUUUAUCACUUCAUUAUCAUCUCCUUCUUCUCAUAAUAGCCAACCUUCUGUUUCCGCAUGGUGGAAAACAACAGAGAAAUACUACCAUCUCACCUCUAAAAAAACCACACUUUCCCUUGCUUUAGGAAAGCAAAUAUUAGAUGAAAACUAUUCAUUAGGAAAAUCACUUACAGACAAACAAAUCGUUGAGUUAGCUUCCAAAGGAGAUCAAAUGAAUGCCAUUAACGUUGUCCUUACAUCUGCCGAUGUUGCUGUUGAUCGGUUUUGUUUUAGCAGAUGUGGAACUCACGGGUCUGCUUCUGCAAAAUCUAAAACAGGUCAAAUUAAGGGUAAAAAUUACAAAUUUGCUUACGUUUGGGUAGGUAACUCGGUCACUCAGUGUCCGGGUUACUGCGCCUGGCCAUUUCACCAGCCAGUUUAUGGACCACAGAACCCACCAUUGGUUGCACCUAACAAUGAUGUGGGACUUGACGGUAUGGUUAUAAAUUUGGCUAGUCUCUUAGCAGGAACAGCAACAAACCCAUUCGGAAAUGGGUAUUUUCAGGGUCCGAAAGAGGCUCCAUUGGAGGCUGCAUCAGCUUGUACUGGUGUUUAUGGGAAAGGUGCUUAUCCAGGAUAUGCCGGUAAUCUUUUGACGGAUUCAACUACCGGAGCUAGCUAUAAUGCAAAUGGAGAUAACGGCAGAAAGUACUUGCUUCCUGCUUUAUAUGAUCCUUCUACAUCUUCUUGUUCUACUCUGGUCUAAAAAUGGAGAUUAGGAUUUACGUUUAGAUUACUAUUGGAGUUAAUUAAUGUAUACGCCUAUAUAUACAGAGAGAUGUUAAAUUUAUUGAUUUGUUCAAUUUUUUAGAUUAUGCGGAUUAAUAAUAGAAAAGCAAAUUACUUUGGUUUGC